AUGACCCAGUGUUACACACGUGUUCACGUAGGAUCUCAUACUUUUAUGUAUGAUUUUGUAUUUGGAAACGCUGGCUUACCUUCUUCUCAGAUCUACCACCGCUGCGUUGCUCCUCUUGUGGAAGAUCUCUUCAAAGGGUACAAUGCAACAGUUCUUGCUUACGGCCAGACUGCUUCAGGUAAAACAUACACCAUGGGCAUGGGUACUAACUGUGGAACAAGUGACGGCAUUAUACCAAAAGUAAUGGAAUAUGUAUUUACUAGAGUGGAGGCAGUCAAAUCUCAGAUACGAGUAUCGUUCCUUGAGAUUUAUAAUGAAGAGAUUUACGAUUUGCUUGCCUCAAACCCCCCGUCAAGAGCUCCAAUUAUAAUCAGAGAAACUGCUAGUGGAGAGAUAACUUUGCAAGGCGUUACUGAGGUAGACGUGAAGACUAAAGAGGAGAUGAGCUCGUAUCUAGCACGAGGCUCUUUCGCUCGUGCUAGUGGCAGCACAAACAUGAAUAUACAAUCAAGCCGUUCACAUGCUGUCUUCACAAUAUCUCUGCAAAUCACAACAGCUGAAGAAAUACUGUGUGCAAAGCUUCGUCUAGUUGACUUAGCAGGGUCAGAGCGUGCCAACCGAACAGGAGCUGACGGGAUGCGAUUAAAAGAAGGCCGCCACAUCAACAGUAGUCUUCUAGCUCUGAGGAAUGUGAUCAGUCUACUAGGAGAUGUGAGAAAGAGAAAGAAAGGAGCUCACGUUCCUUACCGCGUUAGCAAGUUAACUCGCUUGCUUCAGGAUUCUCUUGGAGGCAAGAGCAAAACCGUGAUGAUUGCUUGUGUAAGCCCAGCAAUUUCAGAUGUUGAGGAGACACUGAAUACGCUGAGGUAUGCAAAUUGUGCUCGAAAUAUUAAGAACCAAGCAGUGGUACAGAAGCAGAAGACGUAUGCACCAUCCUUUAUGUUCAAGGAGCUCACACCAUCAAAAUCGGAGGCAAAGAACAAAGCAGUGGUACAGAAGCAUAAGCCGUCUGUACCAUCAUUUGACUAUGAUGCUAUGUUCAAGGAGCUCACACCAUCGAAAUCGGAGUCUUUGCCGGUCUAUGACAAGCCUGUGUAUGAUAAGGAGGAUGUGUUCCAAGAUUUUUCUGAGCUUAAGAUCCCAUGGCCUUCUCAAGCAGCUAGGUUUGAUGAUCUUUUCGCCUCCACCUCAUCGCGUUCAGAGCUGAGGAAACCGGUCUAUGACAAGCCUGUGUACGAUGAGGAUGUCUUUGAAGCUAUCACUGAGCUUCAGUACAAUGAGGAUGUUUUUGAAGCUAUCCCUGAGCUUCAGUGCGAUGAGGAUGUCUUUGAAGCUAUCUCUGAGCUUCAAAUCCCAUCUACUUCUCAACCAGACGAUGUUUUCAGAGUUUAG